UCUUUGCUCUCACCUGUACUGAAUUUCAACCUCUUUGUACGCGAGAUCUUUGCGCAUUCACUCUCAUUGGCUCGUUUCAGUACAUCUAUGAAUAAUGCACCUCACGUUGCGUAAUUUUCCAGUCAAGAUGAGACAGAUGGCGCAUACAACAACUUAGCCUACAGGCAAACAAAACAGACAAAUACAGCGAAAUAAUAGAGCUACGCGGCCGAACGUAGUGUACGAAUGCAUGGAAGCUGAAAACUGCUCUUCUAAAAUGAUGAGGAAAUUCGCUGAGUGUUGACAGCGCCAUGGAUGAUCGAUGUCAGCAUGUGAUUGAGGAUUUAUUCAGUGGUCAAUGGACUCGCUGCACCUGGUUGCAUCUGGAUAAGGCUCUGGCCGCUGGGGAAGCCUUGCUGGACCUGGCCGUGCAGUUUCAGCACCAGUACCGACGACGGCAACAGCACAGCUGACGUAUUCAUAAAGCAGAGCAAAGCGAAGAUCUCACGCGAUGUCCUCGGCGGUGUUAGAGAAAUUGCUCAGAGGUCGUCUCUUUCAUGCCAGACAGUACCUCAUGAAGCAUAAAACUACGAUCACAAUGGCACCCACUGAAAACUGUGAUGUUCUUGUGACAUUCCCAGACACCACAGAUGACCAUACACUGUUAUGGUUACUUAACCAAAUCCGGUUGGGAAUUCCACAAGUCAGAAUCCAGAUCCGGCAGCAUAAAUACACGCACACCUAUGCAUUCUUCAUUACCUCAACCUUUGAGAACUUGUUGCGUGGAGCUGAACAGAUGGGGAUGCAAAAGGCAGUGAAGCCACGCUACGGAGGCGGCACUCGCAGGUUUUCAUGUGAGGAGGAUGACAUCUAUGAAAACAUCGAGAGUGAGCUGUGUUUCUUCACAUCACAGGAGCGUCAGAGUAUUAUCAAAUAUUGGUUGGAUAAUCUGCGGGCGAAACAUGGCGAGGCCCUUCAUAACAUUCACUUCCUGGAGGGCCAACCAAUCAGUACAUAUUUUAACAUUUCUUUUCUAAAAUGUCUAUCAAGAUUAAAGGGGUCAUAUGAUGCUAUUUUAAUUAUAACCAGGGGUGUGAUUCUUCAAAUGUUUCCUCUUCAUGAGCAGAGAAUCCUGAAUCAGCUGAUGACGUCCUGGGUUCAGGCAGUCUGUGAGAGGCAACCUCUAGAUGACGUGUGUGAUUAUUUUGGUGUGAAGAUUGGCAUGUACUUUGCUUGGUUGGGCUUUUACACCAGCUCUAUGCUGUAUCCAGCAGUGAUUGGCUUUCUGCUCUGGAUCUUUGCUGAGUCUGAUCAGACAAGUCAGGAUAUCUGCUGUGUGGUGUUUGCCCUUUUCAAUGUGGUGUGGGCAACACUCUUCCUGGAGAGAUGGAAGCGGCGGGAAGCAGAACUGGCAUAUAAGUGGGGAACGCUGGACACCCCAGCAGAGUCACUUGAGGAACCCCGUCCACAGUUCCGGGGAAUUAAGCGUCGCAGUCCAGUGACUGGCUGUGAAGAGUUUUUCUACCCACCCUGGAAGAGGAGAAUGUUCCGCUGGUUGGUCAGCCUUCCCAUCUGCAUCCUUUGUCUCUGCUUCGUCUGUUUGGCCAUGUUUAUCUGCCUGGAGCUUCAAGAAUUUGUCAUGGAAACAAAGGAGUUGCCAAGCAUAUGUAGAUUUUUCCCAAAAAUUCUUCUUGCUGUAACUGUUACUGUAUGUGAUGAAGUGUAUAAGAAAAUAGCUCUCUGGCUCAAUGAUAUGGAAAAUUACAGACUUCAAAGCACUUAUGACAAUAAUCUCAUCCUCAAGACUGUUUUUUUUCAGUUCAUAAAUUCUUACCUCAGCCUUUUCUACAUUGGAUUUUAUCUCAAAGACAUGGAGCGGUUAAAAGAGAUGCUGGCCACGUUGUUGAUCUUCCGCCAAUUUCUACAAAAUAUCAAAGAAGUGCUGCAGCCGGAUCUCUAUGAGCACCAUACAUUAGGUGCUCUGAGGACAUUAUGGGACUUAAUUCAAACCAUGCUCCUGAACUAUGGUCAUUUAAUAGUGCAAAGGAUACGACUGACUUGCCAAGCCAGUCUGGAUGUGAAUAAAAGUGGCUCACCUCCAGAGCAAUCAGAAAAGAGAGAAAGGAGGAGUUUAAUCGCCAGCUACAGAGUUCCCAAAACAGAGGAAGGGGAUGAUGAUGCUGGACUAAAGCAAAGGAAGGUCAGCUUCACCGAGAAGGUGGAAUACAAGGACAAGGUUGUGGAAGCACCGACACAGGCCAGCUUACAGGACGAUGGCAGUCCUACCCUUGUGGAGAAAGGAAUGGAUCCAUCCUUAAUAUUUGAUAUACGUGAUGAUGACGAUGAUGAUGAUGAUGAUGAUAAUGAUGAUAGAGACAUGGAUGAUUCCGUGAGUAAACCUCAAGGAACUCAGAGAAGAAAGAUCAAAUCUGCUGGGGAAAACAACAUUACGGAAAAGAAAAUGUCCUGGAUGGAUCCUCCAGAGGAGAACAAAUCCACUGUUUUGACCCAACCAGAGAUUGAAAGUUGCAUGCUAACUUAUGAGGAUACUCUUCAGGAUUACCAGGAGAUGUUCAUACAGUUUGGCUACGUUGUGCUCUUCUCUUCUGCAUUUCCUCUGGCAGCCAUGUGUGCCCUCAUAAACAACAUUGUAGAAAUCCGAAGCGAUGCGUUAAAACUUUGCACAGGCCUCCAGAGACCCUUUGGGCAAAGGGUUGAAAACAUUGGACAAUGGCAGACCGCAAUGGAGGCAAUGGGUCUGAUCGCAAUAAUUGUGAACUGUUACCUCAUUGGCCAGUGUGGACAGCUGCAACGACUCUUCCCCUGGUUGAGCCCUGAGAUGGCCAUUAUCUCUGUUGUAGUGCUAGAGCACUUCGCCAUUCUGCUCAAAUAUAUAAUUCAUGUUGCAAUUCCUGAUAUUCCAAACUGGGUGGCAGAUGAGAUGGCCAAACUUGAAUACCAGCGGAGAGAGGCUCUCAAGAAACAUGAACGCCUAGCACAGCAGCACCAGCAGCAGCAAAGGAGGAAGUCUGAAGAAGAAGAGGAGCAUCAAAAAAUGGCAGAGGAAUUGGCACGACAAGAUCAAGUCAAGUCCGAUCUGAAUGGAGGUGAAGAACAUCACCAUGAAAAAAGCCCAGGGGCCAAGUUCAGCUCCGGAGAUAAACUCAAGAGACCCAGCUCCCUUUUAGGCAACAAUAAUGUAAUGAAACUUAAACAGAUAAUCCCACUUCAGGGUAAAUUCACCUCUACCACUUCUCCCACAAGCGGUGAGGCCAAACUUCCAGGCUUUCUGAAGUUCCUCAAAUCCCAAGAAUUAAAAAAGGAAGCCGCUGCAGCAGUCGCACAAGCAGCUACACAUGGGAGCCACGAGAGAUCACAGUCUCCCAGCAAGUCCUUCAAUCCAGGCAAACUCUUCAACUUUGGGAAGGAAAAUCCAUGUACUGGUGCUGGUUCUGAACAAGUGAAACCAGAAGAUGCCUCAAGGGCCACUAAUGCACAACACACAAAUAUUGCCCAAAACCCUUCAUCAGAAGAGCUUCCAUCUGAGGUCGAAAAGAGUGAAAGCUCAGGCUUUGGUUCUAAUCCUUCAAAAAAACAGUGAAUGAAAUGGUGAUACUACUCAGUUAAUAUAUAGCACUGAUUGUAAUGCUUAACAUUUGCUUAAAUGUGGUAAAGCAACCAUGUAGUGAGUGGAACUGCAUGUCAAAAAUAAUUUUAAUACAAUAUAUUAAUCGGAGACCUCCAUAUAGUUUACUCACUAAAGGCGGCAUGCUAAGUCACCUGCAUGAUAAAAUCAGUUUAGGCAUGGGCAAGCAAGAAAGGACGUUUGAAUGAGCACUGUAAAAUGUAUAGAUUUUAUAUUUUUCUAUGCAUUAUUUUUCUUAUUUGAAACAGUAAAUAUGACAAUCUAAAAACAAUGCAUUGUCCUUGCUAAUUUUGAUCUUAUGUGUGAACCCACAAUGCAAUAAAAUGGAAUUACUGUGAAAAGAAAUAAAAAAAAAGGUAUAUCAGACA